AUGGUGACUCUAAAAGAGAAUGUAGAUGUUGAAUUUGAGGAUAAUAUAGAAGAAAAAGCAAUUAAUGAAGAAUAUAAAAUCUGGAAAAAGAAUGCACCAUUUCUAUAUAAUCUUGUUAUAACUCAUGCACUUGAAUGGCCUAGUUUAACAGCACAAUGGUUACCACAUGUUCGAACGGAAGAAGGUCGAGAUUAUAAUACACAUCGUUUAAUACUUGGUACACAUACAUCCGAUGAACAAAAUCAUCUUGUUAUAGCUAGUGUACAAUUACCAAAAGAAGAUUUUGAAUUAGAUGCAUCUCAUUAUGAUAAUGAUAAAGCUGAAUUAGGUGGUUUUGGUUUAAUUAAUGGUCGUAUUGAAGUUGAUGUUAAAAUAAAUCAUGAAGGAGAAGUUAAUCGUGCACGUUAUAUGCCACAAAAUCCUCAAAUAAUUGCAACUAAAACACCUGUAUCAGAUGUAUUAAUAUUUAAUAUUGAUACACAUCCAUUAGGUAAAGAACAAAUUGGUGUAUGUAAUCCUGAAUUACGUUUAAAAGGUCAUACAAGAGAAGGUUAUGGUUUAUCAUGGAAUUCAAAUUCGAAUGGAUAUUUACUUAGUGGAGCUGAUGAUAAUACUGUUUGUUUAUGGAAUAUAAAUAUGCAACCAACACAAGGAAAAAAUUUAGAUGCUUUAUCAAUUUAUACUGGACAUACAAUGGUUGUUGAAGAUGUUGCAUGGCAUUGUAGACAUCCGACAAUAUUUGGUUCUGCUGGUGAUGAUCAAAAAUUAAUGAUUUGGGAUACAAGAUCAAAUAAUUAUUCAAAAGCUAGUCAUAUAGUAGAUGCACAUGCAGCUGAAGUUAAUUGUCUUGCAUUUAAUCCAUUUUCGGAUUAUAUUCUUUUAACUGGUUCAGCUGAUAGAACACUUGCUUUAUGGGAUUUAAGAAAUUUAAAAACUAAAAUAGCAACAUUUGAAUCUCAUAAAGAUGAAAUUUUUCAAACACAUUGGUCACCACAAAAUGAAACUAUUUUUGCAUCAAGUGGUUCAGAUCGACGACUUCAUAUAUGGGAUUUAAGUCGAAUUAAUCAACCACAAACACCAGCUGAAGCAGAAGAUGGUCCACCAGAACUUUUAUUUAUUCAUGGUGGUCAUGCAGCUAAAAUUUCUGAUUUUUCAUGGAAUCCAAAUGAACCAUUUGUUAUAUGUUCUGUAUCGGAAGAUAAUAUGGCUCAAAUUUGGCAAAUUGCUGAACAUGUUUAUAAUGAUGAUAUUACUUUGGAUAAUAUAGAUGGUGAUCGAGGAGAAAUUUCACCAACAUCAAUCAAUCAAACGUCCAUAAAUGGAUCUUAA